AUGUUGCAUCUUGUCUUGUUCUUGAAGCCCGGCGCUGUUCGACUCCCCUGGAUUUUUUUCUUUUUGUGUUCGAUACCCAGGCGCUACAUACCCCUGAGCAGGCUCGGCGUGGUGCAUCCGAUCUUGGGACCAACCUUAUUUUCUUAUCGUUAUCAGGGGCUCUGCCGGGCCAAAAUGGCGGGAUUUGACAGUUGUGCCGCUGGCGGACAGCCGGCACCAGGCCUGCCCGGCAACAGCGUGGGGUUGGGGUUGGAGCUGGAGCGAUUCCCUGAUCUCGAUUGUUUACAGCAACACUCGGGCAGCCACAGCGCCACCACCACCACCACCACAACCAUUGUCAACCGCCCCUCCGCGCUCUCGGUGUCCUCGGUAGCCUCCUCCAACGGCUCAUCCGAAUACUCCACGGAUACCACCUUUGACAUCUGCGACAACAACGCCGACGACGACGAAUACAGACGGGCAUCCAUCGCCAGCACCGCUUCAUCAUCGUGCACUAGCCACACUACCCACUGCACUGACGACGUCCCCACCGCCAAAUCUCCAUCAUCCCCACCUGGUGGUCUCGGUGCUCACACGGGCAGUCCCCAACCCCAACGGCCACCACUCACCCGCAGCCGCCGCGACGCCAAACAGCUGCAUGCCGCUCGACUGCAGCGUUCAGGCUCAACCAGCCUAGCCCUCGCCAGCAAGAGGGAAAACUCGUUGAAAGGCCGCUUCAAGCGGGCCUCGAACACCCCCGCCGCCGACGCUCUCGCCGCCACCGAACCUCCCCACGAGCAGGGCCUGACCAGGAUGGCCUUCGCCGAGCAGCAGCGCUGGAUCACGGUCCAGCAAAAGACCUUUACCAAAUGGCUAAACACAAAGUUGGAAGUCCGGAACCUUGAGGUCAAGGAUCUGGUGCAAGACCUGAGUGAUGGCGUAAUGCUCAUCCACCUCCUCGAGUGUCUCUCGGGCGAAUCACUCGGCCGAUAUGCCGCCAAACCAAAGCUGCGUGUGCAGCGCUUCGAGAACGCCAACCUCGCCCUCAACUUUAUCAAAUCCCGAGGGAUUCAAAUGACGAAUAUAGGCGCCGAAGAUGUCGUGGACGGAAACAGAAAGAUUAUCCUGGGGCUGAUAUGGACGCUUAUUUUGCGUUUCACCAUCAGUGACAUUAACGAGGAGGGUAUGACGGCCAAAGAAGGUCUACUUCUGUGGUGUCAACGUAAAACAGCCUGUUACGACGAGGUCGACGUACGGGAUUUUAGUGCGAGCUGGAAUGAUGGCCUGGCAUUCUGUGCCUUGCUUGAUAUCCACCGUCCCGACCUGAUUGACUAUGACGCUCUCGACAAGUCGGAUCACCGGGGCAACAUGCAGCUGGCGUUUGAUAUCGCUCAUAAGGAGAUUGGCAUCCCCAAGCUGCUUGAUGUGGAGGAUGUGUGCGAUGUGGCCAAGCCUGACGAGCGCUCGCUCAUGACGUAUAUUGCCUACUGGUUCCACGCCUUUUCUCAGAUGGAAAAGGUUGAGAACGCGGGUCGGCGCGUGGAGAAGUUUGUGAACAACAUGCAGGGUGCCUGGGAGAUGCAGAGCGCUUAUGAGAGGAGAAUGGCUGCUCUUCUCAAGGCCAUCCGUGCCCAGAUUGAGAGCUGGCAGACUGCAAAGUUUGAGGGGACUUAUGCUGACGCCAAGGCGCAGGCGAGUGAGUUUGCGUCUUACAAGAGGGGUGUCAAGAGGGAGUGGGUGGCGGAGAAGAGCGAGUUGGCGACGCUGUUGGGGAACAUCAAGACCAAGUUGGGGACGUAUCGGUUGCGGCCGUAUGAUCCACCGGCGCAUUUGAGUCUAGAUACGCUUGAUAGGGAAUGGUCGAAUCUGACCAAGUCUGAGAUGGCGCGCGGUCAAUUGAUCAAUGAGACCAUUAGAGACAUCAAAAACGCCCUCCGCAAGUCCUUUGCCGACAAGGCCAACGAUUUUGCGCUCGCCCUCAACACGAUGCAACUAGCCAUAUCAGGGCUGGAAGGCGAUGUAGAAGACCAGCUGCACCAUGUCAGAAAGCUGUCGGAUAACUUACCACCUCUAGACGCGUACCUGGUGACCAUCGCGGCAGUAGACGCCAAGUGCCAGGAGGCGAACAUUGAAGAAAACGACUUUACGACUUACACGUACGACGAGCUGGUGUACGAGCUCUCGCUCGUCAAAUCGUCGGUUUCGAAAAAAUUGGCCUUCUUGGACAACCAAGUCGUGGCACGGAGCAUGACGAACCUCACGCCUAUCCAGCUCGAGGAAUUCGAGUCUGUCUUUAGGCACUUUGACCGAGACGACAGCAAUUCCCUGUCGGAAAUUGAGUUUUCGGCCGCGUUGGCGUCGCUGGGCUUGGUUUUUUCCGAGGAUGAGAUGCACGAGUACUUUUUGGCGACGUCGAACGGGCGGGACAGGGUGACGUUUGAGCAGUUUAUUCGGUUCAUGGUUGAUGUGACGGAGGAUCAGAACACGGCGGAGCAGGUGUUUCAGAGCUUUAGGGAGGUGGCGGACGGGAAGCCGUAUGUGACGGAGAUGGAUCUGCGGCAUAGCUUGGUGCCGGACGAGGUGAUUGAGAAGCUGGUGGAGAUUAUUCCUGAGCACAAGGGGCCGGAUGUGAAGGAGGACAGGGGGAAGAGGCAGUUUGAUUAUAUUGCUUUUAUGGAGAGGUUGAUUGCUGAUGAGGGGGGCAGGCCGGCUAGUAGUGGAAGUGGGAGGAGUAAUGUAAGUGGGAUUUUGGGGGAAAGGACGAAUGGGAGGACGAGUCCGGCGAAGAGUGUGGCUAGUGGGAAGAAUGGGGUUUAUUGA